CUGUAUUAUUUUGUUGUUCUGAUUUGGUUCAAUUGGUUCAUCAGUUUCUUCUUUGAUACUUCCUUUCUUUUUCCUUUUAUUUUCCCUGUUAGAAUUAAAAAAAAAAAAAAAAAAAAAAAAAAGUCAGCAAAGAGCAGAGACUAGAGAGGAGAUGACAAUACGUGGUGGGUGGAGCACAAAGAUUGUUGGUUUGUGAUCUCUUUCAAGCUUGUUAGAAGAACCCCAUUUCACAGUUUGUUCUUCUGAUCUUGUUCAAGGGAAAAAAAAGGCCUGCAUAAUUACAGGUUUAUAAAAAAGAAAGAAAAAAAUCCCAUCCCAUUUUGGUGUUCUUCUAGUGGAAAUGGGGGGUAUAGUGGGAAAGUCUGAAUCACCCAAGAAGGUUUGCACACCAGAAACAAAGCUUGAAGCCAAAAUUGUGGAAGCCAUGAAGAGGAGAGCAAUCCAAGGAACCUCCAUGAAAUCAUUCGACAACAUAAUCUUGAAGUUCCCAAAGAUUGAUGAGAGCUUAAGAAAUUGCAAGGCUAUUUUUGAGCUAUUUGAUGAGGAUUCAAAUGGUGCGAUUGAUCAGGAAGAGAUGAAAAAGUGUUUCCAUAAGCUGGGAAUUUCUUUCACAGAGGAGGAGAUCAGUGACUUCUUCAAUGCUUGUGAUAUUAAUGAGGAUAUGGGAAUAAAGUUCAAUGAGUUCAUUGUUCUUCUUUGCCUUGUCUAUCUUCUCAAGGAUGGUCAGACUGCAAUUCACACUAAAUUGAAAGUUGUGAUGCCGAAUCAGGAGACGACAUUCGAGACAUUGGUGGAUGCAUUUGUGUUCUUGGACAAGAACAAGGAUGGCUAUGUGAGCAGGAGUGAAAUGGUUGAGGCCAUAAAUGAAACCACAUCAGGGGAACGCUCUUCUGGGAGGAUAGCCAUGAAAAGAUUUGAAGAAAUGGACUGGGAUAAAAAUGGAAUGGUGAGCGUCAAGGAGUUUCUUUUCGCAUUCACUCGUUGGGUCGGAAUUGAUGAGGUUGAGGAGGAAGAGGAAGAAGAACAAUGAAAACUACAGGAUUAAACACAAAUUUCUUCUUCUUUUUCUUUUCCCUCUUGUCCUUUGAGAUGUUGUUGCUUUGUAGCUAAGCUUACUAGGACAAUCUUGGGCCUUACAGAACCCUUUUUUUUUUUUUUUUUUUUGUUCCUCUUUACUUUUUUCUAAUAAAGGACCACUUGAUGUCUCAUCAAAAUAUGUGUAAAGUUGCCUCAUUGUGUCCCUCCUUGUAAUUCCUUUGUAAACAUCAUGAAGCUUUCUCACCACCAUAGUUAGGAAUCAACCCCACUCUAUUCUAUGUUGUGUAAUGUAAUGUAGGGUUUCAAUGUCUA